ACAGCAGGUGGUCAUCGUGUGUAGUGGAGAAGCCAUGUGAAUGGAAAUAUACGUUUUUUUUUUUUUAUGACAACGCGUGAUUCAAUAUUUUAGUGUUUAUGACGGCUUAUUUUCUUAUUUGAAAGGUGUGAAAAAUGUUGGGUGUGUACUUCUAAAUCCAGGUAGUUUUUCCCCGAGUACUUUUUUAGUCUAACAGGAGUGAAACUCAAAAUAGUUGCUGUGUCUUGAGAAACUUGGCUUUUAUGAACAGCUUUUUUGCGGCGAAACCAUGGCUUUUGCUAAAUUCAGCAAAAUACUUCGCCUGUCUUCUUAUGACAUAAAAAAGAAGGCAAAACAAUAUGAACACGUUCAUCGAGACAUCAAUCCUAAUGACCAAUGGGAAAUUAUCGGAGAAUUGGGUGAUGGAGCGUUUGGAAAAGUUUACAAGGCCAAAAAUAAGGAGACUGGAGCGCUGGCUGCGGCCAAAGUCAUUGAGACGAAGACCGAGGAAGAGCUGGAGGAUUACAUGGUGGAGAUAGACAUCCUGGCCAAGUGUGACCACCGCUACAUCGUCAAGCUGUUGGACGCCUUCUACCACGAUGCCAAGCUCUGGAUCAUGAUCGAGUUCUGCCCUGGAGGAGCCGUAGAUGCUACUAUGUUAGAGCUGGACCGGGGCCUGAUGGAGCCUCAGAUCCAGGUGAUCUGCAGACAGAUGCUGGAGGCGCUGGUCUACCUCCACAGCAUCAAGAUCAUCCACAGAGACCUGAAGGCUGGGAACAUUCUCCUCACCCUGGAGGGAGACAUCAAGCUAGCGGAUUUUGGUGUGUCAGCAAAAAAUACCAAAACCCUACAAAGAAGGGACUCUUUCAUAGGAACACCAUACUGGAUGGCUCCGGAGGUAGUGAUGUGUGAGACCAUGAAGGACGCUCCGUACGACUACAAGGCUGACAUCUGGUCACUUGGUAUCACCCUGAUCGAGCUGGCCCAGAUCGAGCCCCCGCACCACGAACUCAACCCCAUGAGGGUCCUGCUGAAGAUAGCCAAGUCUGAGCCCCCUACCCUGGAGCAGCCCAACAAGUGGUCACGGGAGUUUAAGGAUUUCCUGAAAAAGUCGUUGGAUAAGAAUCCGGAGAGUCGGCCAAACGCAGCCCAGCUCCUGGAGCACCCCUUUGUCUGCUCGGUGAAGACCAACAGACCCCUGCGAGAGCUGGUUGCCGAGGCGAAGGCUGAAGUCAUGGAGGAAAUCGAGGACAAUAAAGAGGAAGGAGAGGAGGAUGACACCGCUGAGUUCACAGUCCCAGUGCCUCCAGGCAAGGACCUGUCUCAAACCAGUCAGACCAGUCUACAAGGGGACAAUGCCCCAGACACACCCACCAAAACCCCCGUGGUGGAUGAGGCCAAACUCCCCGUGAGACCUUCCCGCAGGAAGGAUGACCAGCUGAUUGACCAACAGCUCCCCGAUGAGGGCAUCAGCAUUGUGGACUCUGACAAGCCCGAGAGCGAGACCUCUGGCAAGGCCUUCUCCAGCUCCGACUCGGGCAUCGAGGAUGGGAAGAGCACCCCCACCUCGGACGAGGGCAAGCCUGAGACAGAGAACCCGGCCCUUCUGGCACAGCCUGAGGUGGUAGAGGUACCAAAGAUGCCCCAAAGCCAGUUGGUGGAGGAGGGAGGAAGCGGUGGCAUGGGCAGUGGGCAGAUGCCCGUGACUGGGGGAACAGGGCCCACCAACCCUACCCCAGACCCCACACCUUUGAUCGGGCUGAACGGCAGCAUGAGGAGCGUAGGGGCUAACAUGGACAACCUGAUGCCCCACCACAACGCCAACGGCAGGAUCUCCAAGAGGUACUCUGACGCGGGCAGCGUGUCUGCUUCUGAGAGCAUGGACAUCAGCCUCAACCUGUCAGGAGACAUGUCAGUCAACAAGGACAAUGGAUCCCUCUGCCCCAGGGUGGAUUCUCGUUUCUCCAAUAAGACAUUGAAGCGCACCAGGAAGUUUGUCAUUGACGGCUUGGAGGUCAGUGUGACCACAUCCAAGAUCAUCGGCGAUGAUGAGAAGAAAGAUGAAGAGAUGAGGUUUCUCAGGCGUCAGGAGCUGCGGGAACUGCGUCUGCUGCAGAAGGAGGAGCACCGUGCUCAGGCGUUACUCAACACCAAGCUGGAUGCUCAGAAGGAGCAGAUGCAGCGACGCUUCGACCAGGAGAUGAACGUGAAGAAGAAGUACUAUGACACGGAGCUGGAGAGCCUCGAGAAGCACCAGAAGCAGACCAUCGAGAAGAUGGAGACGGACCACACCAUGAAGCUCAGGGACGAGACCAAACGUAUCCGCGCCGAACAGGACCGCGACUACAACAAGUUCCAGGAUCAGAUGAAGCGCAACAAAAAGGAGGUGAAGAAUGAGAUUGAGAAGCUCCCCAGAAAGUCACGGAAAGACAGCAUGAAACAGAGAAUGAACACCUUUACACAGAUGAAACAAACUGAGGAGCAGAACUACCUGUCGGCCCAGAAGAACCACCUGGACAUGACCCUGAAGAGGAUCAUCUCAGAGAACAAGAGGGAGAUCUCAGAGACGGAGAGGCAGUGUCUCAACAAGAAACAGCACCUUGUCAGAGAAAGGGAAGCUACUAUCUGGGACCUAGAGGAGAAGAACCUUCAUGAGAAGCACCAGUUGCUGAAACAGCAGCUAAAAGACCAGUACUUCCUCCAACGGCACCAGCUGCUCAAGAAGCAUGAGAAGGAGCAAGAGCAGAUGCAGUGCUACAACCAGCGGAUGAUUGAGCUGCUGAAGGCCCGGCAGCAGCAGGAGAAGGGUCGUCUGCCUAAGAUCCAGCGCAGCGAGGGCAAGACCCGCAUGGUCAUGUUCAAGAAGAGCCUCCGCAUCAACUCCACUGGCAGCACCUCGGAGGACCGCGAGAAGAUCAAACAGUUUGCCCAGCAGGAGGACAAACGUCAGAAGGCUGAGCGGCUGCACCAGCAGCAGAAGCAUGAGAACCAGAUGAGGGACAUGGUGGGCCAGUGUGAGGGCAACGUCAGGGAGCUCCAGCAACUACAGAAUGAGAAGUGCCACCUGCUGAUUGAGAACGAGACUCAGAGGCUGAAGUCUCUGGAUGAGCAGCACAACCACCAGCUCAAGGAGUGGAGGGAGCAGCUCAUGCCCAGGAAAAAGGCUCUGGAAGAGGAGCUGACCCAGAGGAAGAGGGAACAGGAGGUGUUCUUUAAGUUGAGUGGGGACUCUGAGUGCCUGAGCCCCAGCUCCCCAAACAAACUCACAAAGUUCCUCCCUUACUCCGAGUCCUCUACCACGUAGACUGGCAUCUCUCCCCCUCUACCCCCUCCAAACACCCUCUCUCCCUGUCAGGACCAAUCCUACCCCCUUAUCCCACACAAUGCCCUGAAGGACCACUGCCAGCUGCUGCAGUCCUUCAUUUUAAGGAAUAGUUAUGUUUUAAAUCCUGUUUAUAAGAUUUUAUAAUUUUAUUAACCCAAGAUGGCAAAGCUUGGUCAUAUUUUCUUUGAGGAUGUCUUUAAACUCCACAUCAGGCUGCUUGAUGGAUAGGGUGUUCUUCAUCCAUGCAGUGUUUCCUUUUUCAUUAUUUGUUUUAUUGCCUACAACACUGAAUUGACUCAGAUCCCCAUUGGUUUAUUGUGUACCCAAUAAGCAUGAGACUAACCUAUAGUUAGUCCGAAGGGUGUGGUGGGGAGAUGCAUCCCAUAUCCCAAAGAGGGUCAGCUGAGGAGCAGUAUUUCAGGUGCAAUGUGGACAAUAAUAAAAAAUGUACUAAAAACAAUGCUGUGUUGUUGGGAGCCAAUGAAAACACACUUUUGUUUCACCGCAAUAUCGGUCUUCUUCCAAAGAGUUUCUCGCGUAAUGAACACACCCAAGUAUGACGCAGAUAUAUCUAGUUGCCAAAUUAUAUUUCUUUUUUGACAUUUGUUUAUUACUUUACAAAGAUCGGAGCAGAGCAUGAUCUUCAGAAUUCACUUUUUUUUCUGUUGACACAGUGAAUGAAUGGAAUUCCCACUGAAAUCAGUUUUCAGCACUAUUAACUUGGACUGUAAGUCGCUUUGAAUAAAAGCGUCUGCUAAAUGGCAUAUUGUAUUAUAUAUUAUUAACUUUAAAAUGCUGAAACUCUUCGAUCAGAUCAUUUGUGGAUCUAAAUAUCUGCUUAGUUUUACAUUUUGAUGAGAUGAGCUUAAACAUACUCAAUGAAAACGGGAGAAGUCAGGGAAAGGUUAUUGUCAUCCAAUUUAUUUUCAUUGUUUUUAAUUCAAGGAUUGAAGAAAUUGAUUAUUCUUUAGUUGAGAUUUAAAGUGUUAAUGUCUCAAUGUUUUUUCUGUGCUGCAUUUUUACUGUAAAGGCGAUACUAGCACACUGGAUGGGAACUAACAAAGACAAAACGGAAUACUGUCUUUGAAGGAAUCUUAAGAGAUAUAGGUUUUACAUUUAAGUGUAUUGGGGUAAUUUUCUAUUGUUUAUAUUAAAUGCACUGUCUGCUAAUGAAAGUGCAAUAUGUAAUUUUUCAGCUUGAAACUGAUUUUUUUUUUUCCUCCACCAAAUGUGCCUUUCUUUGCACUGAGAGGCGUAUACUAAGUUAUGAGGGAGUGCAUCAGAGGUAUUUUGCAGUUAAUAUGCAUCCUGCUGUUUUGAAAAUGGGGCUUGGUUUCUUGACCUGUUGGAUCACGUGUCAAACUCAUCUCACGGAGGCCCGAGUGUCUGUGGGUUUUCGCUCUUCCCUUGUACUUGAUUGAAAAAUUAAGGUCACUGAUUAGUAAGCAACUCCCCAUACCUGGUUGUCUAAGUCUUAAUUGAAAGGAAAAGCCAGCAGACACUAGGCCCCUCCAUGGAAUCAGUUUGACACUGCUGUGUUAGUUGACCAGAUUACUGUAGAUUAUCAGGUACAGCUACUCUCUCAAGAUGCAUUUUUAAUUAGUUUUUAAUGUUUUUCUCUCUUCUGUUGUCAUUUGCAAUGACUGUCUUUUCCUCUGUCUCUGUUUACCAAUUUAAGUUUAUUUGUAAGGGAUGUGAGUGAAUGUGACUGUUCAGCAGAAGGAACCACUGUUGUACACGAGUCUAAUAAAUGAAAAUGUUCUGUC